GAAGCAAAAGUUCGCCGAAGAAAACUAAAAAUCAAGUUUGCUAAGCAGCCGUCACGUUAGAUUCGCUAAACUUUCCAAUGGCUGAGACGCCGAUUGCUGAACAGUUGAAAGUGUCGAAUUCCAAAAAAUUGGAAUUAACGCUGGAUGAAUACUCCGAGCAGUAUGUGCACAAUGCUCCUGACAAUGUGGGCUCCGCAAAGGGCAAACGUCGGGAACAUUAUAUAUUCGAUAGAAAUAUUAUGGAGCUAACACUUGAUGAGUAUUAUGAGAAAUUUGUGCUGCCCAAGGCAAAGCUUCAAGCAGCUAAAGAUGAGGAGGAGCACAAAAGCAUACGCUAUCAACGCACCCAUUACUUUGGGCCCAGCUAUUUGGACCGCCAGCGUCAGCCAAAGGAACCAGCUGCCACUGAGCAGAAGGGGACCACAACAAAUAUGUAAACAGAUGACGCCAAAGGAGCUGCUCCAAUAGACGGAACUCUGAAAUUCUGUUUGCAGCAGCAAAAAGAACUCGCAUUUAAUGCGAAUCCCGGCAAUAAAGAGACUAACAGAGAAGUCCA